UUUCUUGUUACGUGGAAACAGGGAAGCAGAGAGGGAGAGAGACAAGUAGAAGAGGAGAUGAGAGAGGCUUUGGAAGUGAAUUUGAGGGAUAAGGAGAGCAUGAGGGUGUUAUUUUGUAGUGCCUAAAAGUUACUUUCUUCCAAGAAAAUAUAAAUAAACAAAGAAAAGUUUGAGAAA